AUGGAGAUCAGUCAUGACAUGGACGCAAGCACUACUAAAGGAGAGGUAUACACCGAAAACCAAGGCGAUAUCGAGGCCGAGGCAAAGAACAAAGAAGAGACUAUUACCAACAACAAACCAAUUACCAAAGACGAAGCAGACACAAAGGGAGAGUCACCGAAAGCGAACAUCAGCCAAAAUGAAGCCACCGAAGACGACGCACCAGCGGACGACAACGAUGCCAGCGACAGACAACAUACUGAUACCAAGCCUAUGAGUCCGCGCCCAAAGCAUGGUCGAAUGGUUCAAAACCAUCUAGACGAGGCCAGCCCAGUAUCAACAGAAUACUGA